CCCCCGUCCAUUUGCACAUCCCUCCCAUGGACUGAAUUCCGAGACCCCCGGCCACUCGCCCACCCCCGAAUCUGGCGCCUCAUCGAUCGCCUCGGCAUCAUCGCAAGGAGCGAGGCUCCUGGCUCCGGUUCUUGGUUUCUUGGCCAGAACCCAGGUAAGAGAAUAUGAUGGAUGGUGAGGGGAGCCAAGGGAUUAAGAAGGUGCAUUUCUGGGAUUCUUCCUCCCAGGUGCCUCCGCCUCUGAUUACCUACAAGAGGCGCCGGCUGCAGAAGCCGCAGCCGCAGCAAUCAGAGCCACAGCAGCAAGUGAAGCCACAGCCGGAGCCGGAGCCGGAACCGGAACCAGAGCACAAGGCUGGAGAUGUGCCGGCGCAGCAGAGUAAAGAUAUUUUUUGGAAAAGUAGGGAUAUGGGAUGGAAGUAUGGCAUAAUGAUCGAUGAAAAUAGACAACACUGGAAGUGCAUGUAUUGUGGCCUAAUUAGGUAUGGUGGUGGUGUAUCUAGACUCAAACGGCAUCUAGCUGGUGAUUUAGAUGUCAAAAUGUGCCCCAAAGUUCCAGCAGAUGUUGUUGAGGAAAUAAGGGAGCAUUUGCGGAAGAAACGAGAGAGGCGGCGGAAGCGAACUGCUCAAAAUGGUGGCAACAGUGUAAAGACUAAGAGCUCUUCUGAUGAUGCAAAUGUUGAGGAGGAUCUUCUACCUUCUGACUCAGUGCUGCCAGCUGCAAUGAGCAGUGAUGUUCUUGAAGAAGUCACUAACCAAACGAGUAUGGUUGAUCAGGAUCCUACUUAUCCCAGGGUGCCGAUUUUGCGUGCAAGGGAUAUUGGUUGGGAGCAUGCUGUGGAUCUUGAUGGAAAUAAAAGACGCUGGCAAUGCAAGUUCUGUUCUCUGUGUCGAAGUGGUGGUGUAACUACUUUGAAGGCUCAUCUCAUUGAUGACAGCUGCCCGAAUGUUCCAAAGGAAAUUUCAAAGAAAGUAUCAAACUUCAUUGAAGAGAAAAGAGCAACACGCCUUCUUUUGAAUAAUUAUAUCUUUAGUGUUGAUGAGGAUGAAGUUUCCGACACACAAGUUGAAGGGGAUUGGACUGUAAAAUAUAAAAAUGAUCAACAACCUUCAAGAAAUGCUAAUGAGAUGGCAGCUGGAAGCAACCAAUAUGAUCAACCAGUUGAGCAUUGCGAUCAACCUGAAGAGCAGUGGGCACUGGAUGAUGGCAGGAUGGAUCAAGUGAUCGAUAGUAAGAACAAGACUUUGGACAACAAUGCCAAUAAUUCACAAAAGACCAAGAUGGAAGCUGGAAGCAGCCAAUGUGGUGAAGACAGUAGUGGCCAACCAGUUGAGCAUUGCGAUCAGUCUGAAGAGCAGUGGGCACUGGAUCAAAGCAGGAUGGAUCAAGUGAUCAAUAGUAAGAACAAGAUUUUGGACAAAAAUGCCGAUAAUUCACAAAAGACCAAGAUACUGAAACCACGCCGGAAAAGUGAGUUUAACACAAGGAAGCACAUAGUUAUUGUUGAUGAAGUCACAAGACAUUGGAGGUGUAAAUACUGUGGAUUGGAUGGGUAUGGUACAGAGUUUUGGCUCCGUUAUCAUCUAGCUGAUGCAUUUCGUUACCCUAAGUGCCCAAAUGUUCCUAGAGAAGUCUUUGCAAAGGCAAGGCAGCAUGUUCUGUCAAAGAGAAGGCUCAAAACGAAUAAGGCUGAGCAGCGAAUUCCUUCCAGGCCACAUAUUGUUGGCCAGUUCAGUGAAGGACGACAGGAUAAUGGUCCAUUAUGUGGGAUUGGGAAUCAAUCUCAAUUAUCAGUAAAAAAUGAAUGUAGUGAGGUACACAAUUACCCAGCAAGGCUUCGUGUCAGUGCGUGGGAACAUUCUCUGAUAUAUGAUAAAGAAAACGGACACUGGAAGUGCAAGUGGUGCGGUGUUGAGGGUUAUCAUGGUGUAUCUAGAUUGAAGUGGCAUCUUGUUGGAUGGCAGAAUCUCCCUCAGUGCCCUGAUGUUCCAAAAGAUGUUGCCAAAAAGAUAAGGGAUCAAAUGAUGUCAAAGGAGAAGAAUAAAGCAACAAGAUCAGGUUCAUUUGUCGGUAAUGUCAGUUGUGAUGUGAUGUGCUCCUCUAAGAGUUCACAACUCGAUCAGGACCAUCUCACUGCAGCAAUGCAUGCCAGAUGUUCUUCCGUGGCUUUUGGGCAAGCUAACAGUGAAUCAAAAGCAUGCAAAAUGUCAUCCAAUACUACUCUUAUUUCACAAGAGAGUGCUAAUCCCCUGGUGUGUCAUGAGCAACAGAGGAAAGAGGUUGCAACCCCUUCAGAACCUGGCCGUGGGCAAGGUCAGAUGAUGCAGUGGCAGUCGCAACAUAAGCCAAUAAUGGAAGAAGGACUUCACAGGAAUGGAUUAUUUGGUGACACAAACAACUCUGAGGAGCAAAGAAGUGACUGUGGAACUAGUGAAUGCUGGAGAUAUGUUUUGGACAGAGUACUGCGUUUGCAUUUGCCUGAUGUACAAGGCGAUGCUGGAAUUGCGACAUGCAUCCGUGAUGCACUUCUAUAUGGCUGCGCUGAAUUUGGCACAGUACCUGGCAAAUUGGAAAUGGAUUCUGAUAAAACAGUGAUUGCAAACACUGCUAAGUGCCAGAAUGUUCUUAUGAACAUUUUAAGGUCGGAGGACUUUGCUUUGUUGUGCAGUGUGCUUUGCAGAACUGUACAUCAAGAUGAGGAAAGAACUAGAUAUUUUGAUUUUGGUGUGAUAGAUUCAAGAAUGAAAAAUGGAAACUAUGGGCGUGAACCUGAAUUAUUCAUGCACGAUCUCAAACUGUUAUGGGAAGAUCUUAAAAUGGCUUGUCAAGAUAUUAUUCACAUAGCAAAUAAUCUAUCAAGCCUCACAGAAGAAUCCUAUGAAAAGCUGGUUGGAAGAGAGAGGGGAUCAACUGAUGGUCAGCCCAAUGAAGCUACUGUGACCAGCUCAGAACCUGGCUUAGUUCAAUCAGAUGCAUUGGUACCCUCAACCUCACAGGGCAACCAAUUGGAUCAACCAGGACCUUCAGAUCUCUCUGAUCUUCAUAGUACCUGCAACCAAUGUGGCAAAGAAGCAAGAGUUGGGAGCAUUCUCAAAUGCAGUAGGUGCAUGCUAUCUUGCCACAUUUCAUGUAUCGAGCCUCAUGAUCCAUCCAUUUCAGCCGGAAGCUGGUGUUGUAAAAACUGCAGCACUACAUGUAUUGAACCAAUUGAAGGUGACAUGGUCUUAGCCAAUUACAGUCCAAAUUGCUUGCAUGGAAAUUGUGUUGUCUGCGAUAGGCUUGAGGUGUGCAGGUCUCCAAAAUGUGAAGAUGCACCUAAUGAUAACUCAAGAGCAAUGGCCAUUUCCAGUGUGAACUCUGUUGAUGACCCAGAACAGACAGAGAUUGAUACAGGUAGCUCAUGCAAGAUAUGUGGAAAACCUGAAGAGGAUGACAAGAGGUUCUUGAUAUGUGGCCACAUUCACUGUCCAUACAAGUACUACCACAUUCGGUGCCUGAAGUCCAAGCAGAUUGCCAGCGAUGUUCAACGGGACAAACCGUGCUGGUACUGCCCAUCUUGCCUUUGCAGAGUUUGUCUCUCUGACAAAGAUGAUGACCUGACCAUUCUGUGCGAUAGCUGUGAUGAGGCUUACCAUCUUUACUGCAUAACGCCUCGGCGUACUUCAAUACCCAAGGGGCGUUGGUAUUGCUCAUCGUGUAGUGUGGAGAGAGCAAAGGAGGGAAUGAGAAAGUAUGAGAGAAGAACACUGAAGCUCCACCAGAAGGAUAACACUGGACAGCAAAGUAGGAAUUGUGAAGGUUUGGACUUGCUACUAUCUGCCGUGGAGCAGCUCAGCGCAGAUGAGCAGCUGGUGACUUCAAAUUAGUGGGGCCUGGCUAUCAGCAUCUUCACUGCAGUAUAUCCUAGAAUCGGUUCUUUUGCUCUGUAAGUGGAUUGCUGUUCUUCUUCUUCUUCUUUUUUGUUGAGGGAAGUGGAUUGCUGUUCUGAAACUUGAAGGAUUUGUUGUUUGAAGAACCCUGCCUCAGGAUCAGAAGGCUCUGACAAGGGCAGUCAAGAUUCAAGAAAUUAGCUACAGUUCUCUCAUUGAACUUGUUAUCGACAAUUUCUGAUGAAACAGGAUCUUCAAACAGCAAAUGCGUGGUAGAUGAUAACAAUCCUGUAGGAUGCUGGUCUUGUUUAUCUUUCUUUUUACUUUGUUUCACUUGCAUGAGG